UUUUGUCAUGAAGACUGCAAAUUUUAGGAUUUAUUCAACUACCGGGUUAAGUAAACCACGAUGCCCAUGUAUACAGUGUAAACAGUAACUGUAUACAAGCAGCAGCUCGCAUGACACAAUGGUGUUAGAUAAGCAAGCGCUGUCCCUUUAAGGGAGACGAGGGGAGGCGUGUCCUGCUGCACAUGCCUUCUUAAAGCGCCAGCUGCUGCAGUCAAAAGUCACAGGCAGCCUGCUCAUCCUACAGGUACCAGGGGGCAUCUCACCCAACAAGUGCUCCCCUCCCCGUCAUGUACACCAUCACCCGAGGACCCAGCAAGCUCACCACCCAGAGGAGAACAGGUCCCAAGCAGCAGAUCGACACCAAGCUGCAGGAACUGAAAGGCAAGCAGCAGCUGGUGAUCCCCACCUCGUCCAACGGCUGGGACCCCCUUCCAAGUUCUUCGUCUACUCCAAAGCUCGUUUUCAAUCAUGUGAAUGGCAAGCGUAGCGCUUCCCUUAGCCCCACAUCGGAUGAGGAAGUCUACACACCGGCACACGAGGAGAACGUCCGAUUUGUAUAUCAGGCCUGGCAAGAGGUGCAGCAUCAGCUGGAGAAGCCAGAACUCAAUGGGUCUAGACCUCAGCAGUUCCAGGAUCACACACCAAAUCCAUCUCUUAAGAAUUUUGUUCCUAUUGACCUUGAGGACUGGUGGGCUGAACGUUUUCUGGCCAACAUUGAGAACUGCGCUUGAAGAAUCUCCAUGGUCAGUCUGCACCUUUUUUGCCCCUUGCAUUAGCGUCCAAGAAUCUAUUUGUGCAUUGGGGUAUUGUUCACAUGAUAGGAACCUACAAGAUGGAUACGGCAAGACGCGGUGCUAACAAUGUGCCUUUCCUGUGACUGCUUCUAUGUCUUCUCUACAAGGAUUACAGUAUUCAAGGUUACUUGAGAAAGCACAGAACAACUAGGUACUGGAUACCGUCCUUGAUGUUGUCCUGGCUCCAUGGUUCACUAUAGGAGGGGGGUAUAUUACUGGACACUGAUGGCAAAGCCCAUCACCAGGGGGGAAGGGGACACCAGCAAGGUGUUAUAUGCACUACAGCGGUAACUGGCAAUCUGUGGCCUACCACACCCACCAUGCAGCUGAGGGUUGUAGUUCUGCCAUAGCUUGUCCAUCACUGCCCUAGUUUAUGGAAGGGGCAAUAGUUGUACAAAAAUACAAAAAACUUGACACUGAGUGAUGUCGAUGCUCAGUCUACACCUGAACGGUCUCACACGCACAUCGGCCGCCUCCCUAUUAACUCUUUCUCUGCUUGCAGCGAGCAGACCAUUUCCCCCUUAUCGUUCCCUGUCAAUAGGGUCCCGGGUCUCUUACAAGAGCUGUGAACCUGUGUGAUGCCCACAACUGGUCUCCCUCAUGUCUUGUCCUCAUUUUUUUUGUAUUAGAGGGAUCUGUACAGAGCGGGAAAUGUCUAUUUUUCUAAAUAAAUCUGUUUGCCUGAAACGUAAAUUGUUGCUAUUUAAUAAUUAAAAAAUAAAAAUAAAAAAACCUUUCCAGGAACGCAUGAUCCAAGGUCUGUGCUGC